CUGAAUCCCUAGCAUGGUGAGGGAGCAGUGCUAACCACUGUGCUGCCAUUGGGCCUGAAAGGUUAACUGUUUCACUCUCAACAGAGAAUAUUUCCAGCACUUCUGCUUUUUAUUUCUGCAGUCCACAAAUGCAGCCUCACACCAACGACAGAGGUUGCACCCUACUGGAGCUUGGUUCACCAUUCCUCCAUCUCGUACUCUCAGAGACAUGUACGGCACAGACAGUGGUCAUUCAGCCCACAGUGUCCGCAACAGUCAGCAGAAAUCUGACUACACUAAUCUCUUCGUUCCACCUCUUGGCCCGUGGUCCUAGAGGCUGUGACAAGUUGAAUGCCUGGAUACUGCUAAAUAUUACAAGUGGUUCCGACUCAGCCACCAAGUGUGUUCCAGGCUCCCUCCACCGUCUGGGUGGAAAAAAAAUUCUCUUCCUCAACUCUCCAAUUUGUCUCCUGCCUCUUAGCUUAAAUCUAUCCUCCUAGUUGUUGUCCCCAAUACUGAUGGGAAGUGUGCCUUCCCAUCCAUGCUACCAAUGCCAAUCAAAACUGUACAAACCUCUAUCAGGUCCCCUCUCGAUCUUUGCUGCUCAAAAUAGCGUCAGUCUACCCAAUUAUUCCUCAUAGCUCGGACCUUGCAGCCCAGGCCACAUCCUGGUAAACCUUCUGUGCACCCAGUGUAAACGCAUGUUCCUGGUCAUGCGAUGAAUAGACGUGCACUCAAUACUUCACUGGUUCCUAUCUGUGAUGGUCUUCUAAAGGCGGAGGGUUAAAUGGGACUUAACGGGAAAGUGGCCUAUCUGUGAUGGUCUUCCAACCGUUGAGGGUUAAAUGGGACUUAAUGGGAAAAUAACUGGUGCAAGGUAGGAAUUUGAUGCUCUAUUCUUCUCGCAGAUAGCGACAAAGGUUGUUGAGAACCAUAUAAAUCCUGAAUGGAACCAAGUGAUCUACCUGAAGAGCAGGUUUCCCUCCUUGUGUGAGAGUAUUCGCUUCACGGUGUGUGAACGGAAGAGUGCUGUGAAAAGCCACCCCGUAGGAACAACACACCUGAGCAUCUCAAAGAUCUCGAUGACAGGGUCAGAAGACGAUGAGACGCCCGGGUUCCUGCCAACGUUUGGGCCGUGCUUCCUGAACCUGUAUGGGAGCCCCCGGGAAGGAUUGGACGGUUCAGACAAAUACGAUGAGCUGAACCUCGGAAAGAGUGAAGGAGUCGCCUAUCGAGGGAGGAUUUUGAUAGAAUUGGUCACGAGGAUGGACGAGACCUCGGGGAAAACCAUUGACGACCUGUUGCUCGAAGAUUUCUCGAUUGUACAGAGAUACUUGCACAGGCGGCGGUACAGUCUCUGCGUCGUGUUCUACUCAGCUACGCAAAUGCAGGAGGUGAAGGAGCCCGUCCAGUUUGAGGUCAGCGUGGGCAAUUACGGCAAUAAGUUUGACAAGUCGUGCAAGCUGCACGCCUCCACAACACAGUACAGCCACGCCGUGUUUGAUGGUAAGUGGUUGCCUCGGGUACACGGAGGGCUAUGCGCUAACAGAACGAUAAAGGCUUAACACUGUGCCGAACUCUCUACAUCCAACAAAGCAUGUGUGGUGAAAUUCGGAUCUCCGAUGGGCAAAAUUCUUCCUUUGAUCCCUAUUCCAUCUUCGCCUCCUUCACGUCUCCCAAUGCCCCAUUCCAACCUGACACCCAUUCCCAGCGACGCUAGCACAGAAGGUACAGGCAGUGGUGUGUUACACCUCGCUGAAGGAGUCAGUGUGUUUCAGUGGCAACACUCAUUGUUACAUGCCUGCAGCUUUGGAUGUUUAUUUCCCUCAGCUGCCUCCCACUGU